AUGCCAAACCCUCCACUCUACCAUUCCAGAAAAGUCCCCCCUCUAUCCUGGCGGACUUACGCUCAUAGUUCCUAUGGCGGGGAAGGGGAGACGAAAGCUCAACAGCCCAACAAUCCGCGCAAUACGCCAACCCGAGACAUUGAACACCCAGGACCAUCUGCCCCAGAUGUCAGCAAGGGCUCAACAGCAUCUUCAAGCUCUCAGCCUCGAUCUUCUUCGACAUCCCAAGAAGAUCGAGAUAAGGAGGAUUCGGAAGGUAGACCCAUUCGGAUGACACCCUCCAACAACGCAAAACCAACGAUUACUGACGGACGCCAUUCACCCAAUGUUGACUCUGAAGGCAACGUAAAGUCAGAUGUUCCCAACGACGUAAAGAAACAUAACGAAGAGAUGGAUCACCGGUACGAUCGAGCUUACAAUCAAAUUGGGAAUGAAGGGAAACCACCGAAAGGGUUUUGA